GGCCCAAUGCCUCACGAGAUUCCUCCUUUCUCUGUCAGAGUGUAGAGCACUGUUUUCCCGCCAAAAAAAAAAAAACCCUCUUCCCACCAUUCCUUUAUUUACUGUCAUGUCUUUCACUGCACCCACUUCGGUGCUGAAAGCCUGAAACAGACACAGAAUCUAGAGAGAGAAAGAUGAAGGGGGCAUCCAAGGUGAUCAUGGGUGCGACCCUGGUAAUGGUCGUGAGCCUUGCCAUUGUAUUAGGCCUGAUCUUGGUGCUUCUGGCUGAGCUCUACUGUUCUCUCUUGCUCCGCCGCAGGAAAAUGAGAGAGUCCAACUCUGACACCACCCUCCCCACUACCGCGGCCGUGGUGGCAGCUGCCGCUAAUGCUUCUGCUCCUUCUCAAGAAAUCCACUACCAAUCCACCAGUCCUCUUAGCAGCUUCUACGCGCAGGGGGUUCUUCGUGCUCCUAGAAGCCUACUUUUCCCUAUAGUUUACAAAGAAACCAAGGUUGAGCUUGAUCCCACCGUUCUUGAAGUUCACGCCGCCCAAGAAUCAAACCAAUGUCUCAAAAAAAAGGGAAUCCUUUCUCCUCCGCUUUCAAUUUCCUCUGUUUCAUCACCGAACCUUCAGGAAAUCUCAAUCAAAAUCGGCCCCGGUAGUAGUGCUCCUUGUGAUGACAAGGCUUUUGGUGGCACCGGUGGCAGUGGGGAGCGUGAUUUCGUGUACAUUUCGAAUCCCAUCUACGAUAACGACGCAUGCAGGGCAAAGACACCAUUUGAGACACCGGACACGUCGCCGUCACGUCUAGAAGACGGCCGUUCUUCUGACGACGACGAUGAGAAAGAGAUAGCUCAACCGUCUUCCGUUAGUUCCCACUCGCCCCCACUCACACCUCCAUUGACUCCGAUGAAGAAGCUCCCUGCACAGGCCUGCUCUGUUUCUCUCAGAGACGCCAGGUCCUUAGGCACUUCAAGCAACGAUUCUAAUAGCAACAAUGGCCUCUCCUCAUCAUCUUCUGAUUCUCCAUGCACUUCUCCUUCAUGGUAAUCUAGGUCUAAUUUCUUCAUCUUUUCACAGAGUUUAAUGAGGUUUGGUGUUUUCUGUUUGUGAAUACGUGAUGGAGAUGUUAGCUGUAGCAGAAAAGGAGAAACUGUAGUUGCUUUUAUUUCACAGCAGGCGUGAGGGAUGGCUCAGCCACCGAAGCCAUGCCCAUGCCCAUGCCCUUAAUUAAAAUUCCAACUUUCUCUUUCUCUGUUUGCUUGUAUUCAUCUGGUUGUUAGGGUGUUUCCGGAAAGAUGUUCUUUUUCCUUUUAUAACCUUAUCCUCUUUAGUUUAAUUAAUCUCACAAAUACUU